CGGAGCCCUUCUUUUCCGCGGGUUCAUGUCACGGCUCGCCUCCCUUUGUACGCAACGAACCACUGUGGAAGCACCGAAGAGGGGGCGAUCCUAGGGCUCCGAGAAGGAUCCAGAAGCUAGGGUUUCGAGGGUUUCCGAACGGGAGGGGAAGGGGGAGGGGGAGGGGGAGGGGGAGGAGCCCGGCGAUUUAGGGUUUCGAUCGAUCGCUUGAUGAGUAGUUGCGGCUCCGUAGCGGGAGAUGUUCUUCGUUUCCAUGCGCAAAUCGUUCAAGGACUCCCUCAAGGUCCUCGAAGCCGAUAUCCAGCACGCGAACUCCCUGGCUUCGGAUUUCCCAAGAGAAUAUGAUGGAGCUUGCCUUCAGAUGCGGAUGUCCUACAGCCCCGCCGCACACUUGUUCCUUUUCCUGGUGCAGUGGACUGAUUGUAGCCUUGCCGGGGCUCUCGGGCUGUUGAGAAUCCUAAUUUACAAAGUUUAUGUAGAUGGAACAACCACCAUGUCGACCCACGAAAGGAAAGCGAGUAUUAGGGAAUUUUAUGCUGUGAUAUUCCCCUCGCUGAUGCAAUUACAUAAAGGGAUAAAUGAUAUGGAGGAUAAGAAGCAGAAGGCCGUGUGUAUCGAGAGGUAUCGAAGAAGAGACGAGGAUGAGAGGUGGCAUUUCUCGGAGAUCGAUGUUGAGAGAGAGGAUGAAUGUGGGAUCUGCAUGGAGACGAACAGCAGGGUCGUGCUCCCGAACUGCAGUCAUGCUAUGUGCAUGAAGUGCUACAGAGAGUGGCGUUCACGGUCGCAAUCGUGCCCGUUCUGCCGCGACAGCUUGAAGAGAGUAAACUCGGGCGAUCUAUGGAUAUUCACUGAUGGCAGAGACAUAAUCGACAUGGCGACAGUGACGAGGGAGAAUCUGCGGCGUCUCUUCAUGUACAUCGACAAGCUCCCUGUCGUCAUCCCAGACUCUGUAUUGGAUUCCUAUGAUUCUCAUGUAAAGUGACCGGAACGAGUAUCAUAUGACUUCCUCCUCGUCGUAACUCAGAAACAAUUCUUUCAGCAAGUUUCUGCUAUCUGAUUGGCGGAAGUUCCUCUGGAGCUGCUGCUAAUAUUUAGGCAGCUUAUUUGACUUUUGAGGAGACUCUUCUAGCAGGGAAGGUGCAAUAUUGUGCUCGGCUUUUGUAAAUAGUUGUACAGGUGGUAAGUUGGUUCUGUAUAUUGGAAAACCAAACCUUUCUCAUCAUGCUGAACUUUCUAUUGGGUAAUUAUUAUAUAGUUAAAUUCAGGAUAUUUCAUGUGUUUAAGGCUUCUGUUGAACUUAACUAUCAUUUAAAAGCAUCUGCAUGGAGGCAGAGUUGUAGAUGGUUGUAAUAUUUUGGUUUCAAGCAUGGUGUUUACAACUCUUCAGCUUC